CACUUUGUACAGUCUUCAUUCGGAUGAGUGAGAGAGGGGGAAGGCCCCUGAAGCAAGGCAAACAACAAAGAAGCGGGAGAAGCAAGGAAAACAGAAUCGAGGUGGAGCAAGCAAAGUCAUAUUCAUGGUGAUCGAACAUCCAAGACAGCAACGGCUUAAUUAGCUUUUCUUUUUCUUUAUUCUUGUUGAUUCAUGAAAUGUCAUCACAAUUGACAAGAGCGAUCGAUCGAGCGCCUGAGAUGUUCACUCUUCAUCACCCAUCCAGCUGUGGAGCAGCACAGAAGACAGACGGACGGACACCACCAAAGGAAAGGAGGGACCCAGACGGCCAGACCCAAUUACUCUUGAUGAUACCAAUCUUACUUUCCGACGUGUAGGUUCGAGCUGUUUCCGUUUCAGAAUCUGAUGCGUUCCUUUUCUUUUCUUUUCUUUUCUUUAUCUCACUCUGUCGCUAGCUUGCUCUCUUCCUUAAUUAGUACUCCUGUUACUAGUCACUGCUCACUAUAAAUAAGGCAAACUUGGAGAUUGUUCUCUCAUCGAUUUUUAUUUGGAUUUGCAGUGUGUACUGUAUCCCAGCUAGCUACAGGCUACAGCCUCGUGAUCAUGGAAAACCAGCAGCCUGCUCCCUCUCGUCCCUUGUUCCGUCUGCUUUCCCAAAUUCGGACGACGGAACCUCCACCCCCACCCCCUCCUCAGCCUCCGGCGAUCCAGACAAGGCCUACUCUCGUCCGCACAGCAUCACUCCAGGCCAUUAGGCUUCCUCCACCUGCAACCCAACCACAACCUGAGCCUCAGCCUCAACCACGGGAACCCGCUCCACCUACUGUCGCUCUCGCUCCUCCAACACAGCGGGUAGCCGUAGCGACAUCAUCUCCAAAGGCCACAGCCUCACCGCGGUCUUCUUCGUUGUCUCCAUCUCCUAAACCCAAAACGUCAACAUCGGCCACUUCUUCGCUGCCAACCUCUCCAGUGAUCGAUACAUCCUCUGCUUCGCGGCAACCUCCUCCUCCUCCAGCGAUAACCAAAACAUCGUCUUCCUCUCUGCCGACGUCCCCGAAACCCGAAGCCGUUACUCAAAUGCACCCUUCCCCAUCCAAUAAAUCUCCUAAGAUCAUCAAGCCUUCCGAACAAACCCCACCGCAGUCCCCCAAACCCAAACCUUCGGCACCUCCCCCGUCUCCUCUGUUAUUGCCGUCACCCCAACUAAAGCCCGAGCCGGAACCCGAGCCAAAGCCUGUAGUGGUGGCUGAGCAGAAGAAUGUGCUUGUUCAAGAACGUAGGACAAUGCCGGGGAUUAACAAUGCUGGAGAGGGUAAGCCAACCUCAGCCCAGAACGGGAAGGAGGGAGGAGGCAACGGCGUGAAAGACGUAAAUAGCAAGGACAAAGAGAAGGAUGCUCGUAAGAAGACGGAGAGGAAGACGGAGAGGAGUUCUGAGGAAGUGGGUAUGAAGGUGAUAACACUUACAGGUGAGAACAAGGGUGCUGUCAUGGAACUCGGUUAUUCCAACAGGAAGGAGCAGGACCUAUACAUAAGGAAUCCCCACCGCCUUGGAUCCACAAGCCAUGGCGAUCAAUCACAGUCGGAACGCAGCAGUAGCGACGAGGAAGGGAAGAUGAAGAGAAAGGACAAAGCAGUGCCGAAAUCAUCAGCACAGAGCCUACCCAUAUCUGCUUUCAUCAAUAGUAACGUACAGGGUGUCAAUAACUCCAUUCUCUUCAAUAGCUCCUUCGCCAGCCAUGAUCCAGGGGUUCACCUCUACUUCUCCAGAAAGCCAGUCCAGAACCAAGUGAUACAGCAGGCCAAGGACCACAGCCAUGGUCGACACGCUUAAGCAAGGCAAAGAGAUUCUCGUACGUUCGGGUUCGGGCACCCCACACCCAUCAGUAAAAAAUAAACGCUUCGCAUCAUAAUUUAUAUUAUUACGUGAGGGCUGAUGAGUUUUACUUUUAGUGGUAUGAGUUUAUGUAUUCGGUAUUCCUACCCUACCCAUAUUGCCAUUAAUAUUUUCAUGUCUCUUAUUCAGCAGUUGUUAUCGAUUCCUGAAUAUAAUAUUUUCAUGUGCAGGUAAAAGUAUAUAUAUGCUGCAAUUCAAUCGAGUUUCAAUCAAAUAUAAAGUGAGGUUCGAGUUUGAUUAAGUUUGAUUUGAGCUUUAGGCUGUGUUUGUUUGGAAUAUAAAUCUCAUUAAUGUAAAACCCUAUCCAUGGAGUUUCACGUCAAACCGUUUGAAAAGUGAACAUUGAAAAAUGUGACUAUCCAUGUGUAAUACUACAUUGCUUUUAUAAAUGUAGUUUU